GAAUUUCGUGAAUAAAUUUCGGGUUUCUAGAGUUGCUAUAUGAAAAUGUGUUUUAGUUUUCGGGUUCGAGCUAUACAGGUUAGGGUUUUUCGGAUUCAGGCUACGAGUAUCGGGUUUUAUGCCCAUCGUGAUCUGCUGCCUCCUCUCACCUCACUGUCAAGCUCUCAUCGGGCUCUCUUAGGGAUAGGCGAGGAAUUAUGUAAGGUUUGGUUGGGGGUUCUCCCGACUGUGUUUUAGAUGUAAUUUCGAUGACAAUUCAACCUUUGAUAGCAGUAAAAAAUAAAGCGGCAAGAUUAUAUAUUACCCUAAAGAAAGAAGGAGGCCGAAGCAGUGCCAAAGAAACAAAAAACAAAGGAAGGGAGCCGAACCAAAACCAUCGCUCUCCUCGACGCCGCCCUGGUAGGGUUCCCUAAAUCGAGAAGGGGAAGCUGAAGCUAGUGAAGGAGUGAUGUCGUCCAAGACCCCAUCGACGGCGGCCAAGAGCGGCGGCGCGGGCACCAGCAACAGAAACAGUCUCAGCCGCGUGAUUCGGCCGGAGAGUCGUUUCAUCCCCUACAGAGCGGAGCAAAUCGAGGAGAGGACGCGGCUCCUCUCCAUGAUUGACACCUUCUACAGAGAGGCGUGCGACAUGCUCGUUGUGGAAGCGACGCCCGCCACCCGCGGCCGCUUCCUCGACGCCGGCGUCUGCAUCGGCCUCCUCGACCCCAACACCCUCGUCACCUCCGACCUCCACCCCGGCCUCAUGGACAACGUCUCGGAGGAUACCAAGCCGGGAGAGAUGGCCAAGCGCUCACUCGAUGGCCUCGUGGCCUUCCUGAUCUACUUCUUCUCGUACCUCGCCGGGUGGGAGGCCGUGCGAUACCUGCUGGUCGCCGACGCCGACCUCCUCGUCGCUGCGCGCCUGAUAGUGGCGGACCGCGGCAUGAUGGGGUUCUCGGUCAUGUCACUGGCAUCAGUGGCAGCCUUCGAGGCGGCCCUCAGGUUGGCUGCGCAGGUCGCCAAGCACUCUCAGCCGGAACGCCUCGUCAGUGUUUGGAUGUCGCUGUCCUCCCAACUGCAACAGGUCCUCAGUUUCCUCUCGGUGAUGCAGACACAGACACAGGGUAUGAACAUCCAAAUGUUGCUCGGUGGACGGUCGCUUCCCGACCCGGGGAAAGCUUGGAACCUUGCAGCUUCUCGGCCACCUCACAGCAACAUUGCCGAUAUGCCAUACGAAGCCACCCGGUCUCUGAGGAUGGCGCUUCUCGACACAAUUCGCAUCUUCUACCUGCGAGCCCUGGCAAGGCUGCCGCGUGCAGAGCUGCGCACUCGCUACCACCGCAGCAUGCUCAUGGCCGGUUACUGCUACGGCCCCUUCGACCCCGUCUCCAACAUCAUUGUCAACAUGAUAUGGUACGAUGUCAUGUUCGCAGCACCCCAUCCACCGGUGUUGGACAUGAUCGGCCCCAAAAGCCUUACCCGAUUGGAGAGCCGCUCCUUUUAUGGUCUUGCCUCAUUCCUCCAAACCCGCUACCACGAUUUGUCGGAGCACCAACUGGUGCAAUGCCUAGUUGCCUCCUGUGCUCACCUGUCCGUGGCUGAUCCAAACUUUGAUGUGGCGUUUGCUUACCAUCCUUUUGUUGAUCCCAACAUUAGUGCUGCUGCAUCUGCUGGUGCUAAGAUGGAGGCGAUACGCCGGCAACAAGAAUGCAGGACCAGCGCACCAGGCAUCUAUGAUGCUGUCAGCAAGAUGGAGAAACAAAGGCCGUGCUCAAGUGCCAAGGAAGCCUACGAGGCUGCAGCCACCGCAGCAUGGCACCCCAACCCUGAGGCUCAUGCAGCAUUUCUCAGUUCAGUCGACGUGAUGCUGAACGGACCUGCCUUCCUCCUGCUGCAGAACGGUGACCAACUCACUUCCGAAAACGUGCAGUUCAUCGCCAGCUUAUUGUCUUCCAAUCAAAAACCUACUCCUGAACAAAUUAAAAAGAGGUACCGUGUUCCCGCAUUGGAGGCAAAGAUGCGUUCCGAGGCUAAACAAAGAAGAAUCGCCAAAAAGGUGAAAGGUGCAUUGGAUAAAUACUUGCUACGAGAUGGGGAACCCAUGUAUGAUCUUCAUAUUAUCUGUGGUGCAAAUGAAUCCAUAGGCAGCCCUGAGUACUGCGCCGAUGUCCUGGAUGAUCUCCUGUCUUCUUCCCCAUGCAAAUUCCGUUACUCGCAUGUAAAUUUUUUGGUGACCCAGAAGGAUUCUUCAUCUGCAGAAAGAUAUCCCUUACUCUUUUUUGCUGAAUUCGAUAAUGAGGAGGAGGGUGAGCCCCUAUGCUGUCUUGUCGAUGUGCCAACGCCAUUUGCAGAACAUGUUCGGUGCCUGUAUUGUGAGGCUCAAGGGACCAAAAUUGUGCAUCCGGCAUUGGAAAAAUUUCAUGGGAAAGAAAGGGAGUUGGAGAGGGAGUUUGAGGAGGCUAUCUCUAAAGACCGUCAUGACCGGCUUAUCUGCACGAAUGAAUAUGCUGUUCAGCACUUGUGUGGAGUGGAGGAGGAUUUCAUGUACAUUGAUAUCAGGUGCAUCAGUUAGAUGCUCUGCAAUCUUUCCAGUUAGAUGCUCUGUGAUGUGUUUCCAGUUAGGCCACCGUAUCAUGCUCUUUUUCAUCUUGUAGACAAAAUCAUCACAAUGAAGGAUUUUGUACUUGAUCUAAUUAUUGGUUGCACAUGAAGCAACAUGUGGUUGGCUGUGUAGUAGUACUUCAUACAGUAAUGUUUUUUGGUCUUCCUUGUGUUCUUGUUGAUAUUCUUGAUUUUUUAAGAUUAUUUAGCAUUUGGUAAUUUUGUUUAAAGUUCUCCUCAUGUGUUCAGAUCUGUCUAUUAGGGUUUGGUUUAGUUACCCCCGCAAGUAAAAUGGGUUGGUUUAAUUUACCCCGCAAAUAAAGCUGUUUGGUUCAACUUAAAUGCAUGAUGUAUAAUGAAUAAUGAAAAUUAGAGGUGAAUAAUUGCUGAGUAAGCAGUGGAACUGCAAUUACAGUUGUUGUCAUG